AGCAAAGAAGAGGACGACAUACUGUCAGAUGGUUGUGUGUUUUUAUUUUCUUUUAACUUAGGGUAAAGUAGGGUCAUUCCAUUAAUGGAAGUUGCAUUACCUUAAAGAUUAUUCGACUAUCGAUCCAGGUAAGAAGUAAAGAUGCCUUUGCACGGAAAGAUAGUUGUUAUCAAGAGGAGUGGAGGAGAUGGGACCGAAUUUCCCCUUACCGCAUCAUGCUUGUUUGGGAGGAAACCUGAUUGUGAUAUUCGGAUCCAACUGCCUCAAGUGUCCAAGGAGCACUGUAGAAUUGAUCUGAAUGAAAAUAAAGAGGUCAUUUUAACAAAUCUGAGUUCAGUUAAUCCAACUCGUAUAAAUGGAGAGAUUAUGCAGCAGACUGAGCGUUUGAAGCAUGGAGAUCUAAUCACAAUUAUUGAUCGUUCCUUUAGGUUUGAGUAUCCUCCAGAACCAACGCCCAAGAAAAGGAGACCAUCUGUUGGAAAAAGUGAAACACUGCAGGUCCUGCAUGAUCAACAGGCACGGGAUCAGGGAACCUUAGCUUGUGGAGAAAGAAGAAAGUCCUCUGAAUUAACGUCAGACUCGUCUUGUCUGAAAGAUGGAACAAAUGCUGGCAAUGUGCAGUCCUGUACAGUGCAAGAUGAAGAUAAAGCAAAGGAAGUGCAUAAUAGCAGCUUGGAACAAAACAAAACCAGUGACAAGGAGAGUCUGUCUCCCUUCUGUGAGCUGUAUGAAAUGAUCAAGCAAAAUCUUAACGCAAAGUCUCCAUGGAAGCCCUCUGAGCCCAAAACUCCACUCUCCAGGCAUGAGACACCGAAAACCAUUCAGGCCAAAAAGAUGGCCGAAGAAAAGGAUCGGGAUGAGUCGCUCCUGCCUGAAGUUGCUGAGAGCUCUCGGCCUCAAAAGACACCGGAAAGAAAGAGGAGGUCGUCGGCUGGUAGUGGAAAGCACGUGGAUAGCAAACUAACCGAAGGAGGAUUUAGUGGUGAAGCAACUCCAAAAUCUGGCCAAAAGAGCAGCAAACUGGGCUCUGUGAAAACACCUGCUGUUGAAAGCGUCCCUGCACUCCCAGCAGAGGGCCAGGCAGCAGGCGCUUCCCAGCCAGUCUUAACUCCAAGUAAAGAAACUCCUGGAAAAAACAGACGUCCUUCAAAAUCCCCUGCAAAGCAGUCUGAAAUUCCUGUCGUGGAAGAGAAGAGAACACCCGGCUCUCAGAGGAAAGCUCGACAGGGCACUCCCCAAAAGUUCAGUGCUGGAGAAGUGGCAAAACAAAUAGUGUUUGACAGUAGUGUUACAGAAGAAGCUUGUCAGAGCACCAAAAAGUCAAAAACUCCAAAAGGAAGGAGGAGCAAAGAAUGUGGAUCUGAAACCCCUGUAUCUGCAACCCCAUCAGCCAGCCCCGGUGUCCUGAAAUUAAACAAGGCGGUCACUGACGUGUCUAAUACCCAAACGGACACGACUCCAAAGAGCAAAGAGGUUGCGAGUCCUCAGAGAGUCUCUCCCAGAAAAUCUGCUGGAAAAAAGAUGGAAGCUCCUAAUGUGCUGGUUGAACUUGGAUUGACAGUACCAUCUAGUGGGGGAAAAGGUAAUCAACCAUCAUCCAGGAAGAAACGCAAAAGUAUGGAACUGGAAAGUGGAUUGCCCACGCCUCAACUUAAAAGAAAAAGGGUGUCCUUUGGUGGUCAGCUGAGCCCAGAGCUGUUUGACAAGCGGCUCCCUCCUAACUCUCCGCUCCGCCGAGGUGCCACACCAGGGAGGCGCAGCCUCUCCCUUUUCAAACAUCGAUCGGUCCUCAGGAGAGCAUCCACAAUUGGUUUGAUACAGGAGUUGCAUGCUGACAUGGUGAGUCCACAAAGUCAAAAGGCUAAGGGGAGUCCAGGAAAGAAAGCAUCCCCCAGACGUGUUUCUUCUGUAAACAGUACUCCUUCACCUACAAAGAAGUCAACUAAAUCAAAAGCAAAAACCCCAUCUCCUCAAAAACCCAAAGCCACAAGCUCUCCAGGUCCAAAGUCUCCUGCUUUGGUCAAGACUCCAUCCCCAGCCAGACAACGGUCAUCUUCCAGAGAGGAGCUCAUGACUCCAGAAGGCAAGAAAUCUGUCACUCCCCGGGCUAAGACUCCUUCUGUCCCAUCCAUGAGACAAACUCCAGCCAAAGAUCAGACCAGUAGUACACCACGUGCUAAGAAGUCUCCCUUGGCAUCAUCGAAGACCCCUUCCCCUGCAAAAGAUCCCGUAUCGGUUGAUAACGGUCCUUCUACUCCUGCAACAACCAGACGUGGAAGGACAUCCAUCUCUGAUGCAUCCAAAACGCCCUCUCCUGCUCGGUCUGCAGUUGAAGCGUCAGAGACGGCACUCCCUGCUGAGGCUGCCUCGGGUUCCAUUGAAAAAACGCCUUCUCCCAGAGGGAGGUCUUUUAACGAUUCCUCAUCCAACCAAACGCCUACUGUCCGUGGCAGGUUUUCAGUCUCUCGUAUUGAUACACCCUCACCUGUUGCUGAUCAGAAUGUAAGUGCUCCAGAAGGCACAACUUCAGAAGUGUCUGCAAGUGUAACUCCAACUGUUCCACUGAAGAGAACAAGCAUGAAGUCAACGUCAAAGAAAACCCCUAAAAGUGCACGGAAGAGUGUUCUUGAAGUCAUUCGCUCCAGGCGAAGUGGAGCUUCACGGGCAAAUUUGAAAGUUGUGAGUUCAUGGGCUGAUAUUGUUAAAUUUGGAGUAACCAAACCUCAGGUUGGUGUCCCUACCAAGAAAUGUACCACAAAAGGGAGAGCUAUCAAGAAAGCAGUAGCACAGAGGCCUAAGACCCCUGCCCGGAAAGUCAAAGAGCAUGUCAGCACAGGCCACGCAGCUUCGCCAGCUACAAUCCUUGUGGGGAAAGCCCAUACAAAGGUGGCGCCAACAGCAGGGUGUGCUCCAAAGCUUGUCCACAACAUUGCUCUGCUGAGGAAGAACAUGGAAAUCAAUGAGGACUUAACAGGAAUCAAAGAAAUAUUCAGUACGCCUGUGAAUGUGAGGGAGAAGAGACCUCGGGCCAGCACCAGCUAUUGCCCUGAGACCUCACAGACCCCUGCUAAAUCUUUAGCUGAGGUAUCUGUCAUGGACACACCUGAGGGAACAGGUGAAAUGAUGGUGUCUCCAUUAAGUACUGUGGAGCAAGGAAGGUACAACAGUGAUGCAGUUACACGUCUCCUCCAAGAAGAUGGGAAUUCUAGCUUCAUUAGUGAUGCUCCUCAAGCAAAUGAUGCAUUAAAAACCCCGGAAACCCCCCAGACUGAACCUACAGAACCGGGCGCAGUCUCGAAGAGGACACCAAAACAAAAGCCUGAAGCUUUGACAUGUCUAACAGGAGUCAAGAGGCUCAUGAGGACACCAAAACAGAAGCCCCAACAAGUAGAAGACCUCAGAGGAAUCAAGAGACUCCUAAAAACACCCAGAGAACCAAAGGUGCCUCAAGAAGUUAGUCUGGUUGGAGUGAAGGAAAUGCUAAAGACUCCUAAGCAUAAGGGUCAACCAGUAGAAGACAUGGCUGGAGUUCAGAGAGUAAUGAAGACUCCCAAGGUGAAGAAGACGCCCCUGGUAUGUACGACUGGUUUGAAGCGAUUGAUGCAGACACCCAAGCAAAAGGUGCAGCCUGUCGAAGACAUGGUUGGAGUCAAGCGAUUGAUGCAGACACCCAAGCAAAAGGUGCAGCCUGUCGAGGACAUGGCUGGAGUCAAGCGAUUGAUGCAGACACCCAAGCAAAAAGUAGAGCCUGUUGAAGACAUGGUUGGAGUCAAGCGAUUGAUGCAGACACCCAAGCAAAAAGUAGAGCCUGUUGAAGACAUGGUUGGAGUCAAGCGAUUGAUGCAGACACCUAAGCAAAAGGGACAGCCUGUUGAAAAUAAAUUUGGAAUCCGCAAACUGAUGAAAUCGCCCAGAGCGCGAGGAGUUGAAGCAGUAGAAGAUUUCACAGGGUUACCAGAGCUUUUGAAAGAGCCUGAGGAAGUUAUCAGUAAACAGAGUGAAACCACUGAGGAAAAGGUUUCAGAAAAUCCAGAGAGUGGAAAAAGUCUACCAGCUCUUAAUGAAGUGGAGAAGGCUCCUGAAGAGGAUUCCACUAACUCCGUGCAUGAGGAAAACCAAAGCAACUCUUCUAAAAAAUCUGGCAGGGGAAGACCGCCAAAACAAGUGAAAAGUGUCACUGAUAUUCCAGCCAAAGAUGGCAAAUUGGCAGGUUCUCAGUGUGAAGCAGAAAAUGACAAUGUGGGUGAUGACCACAGUCUGGCUGACACGAAACCCAAACGGGGGAGACGGCCGCGUAAGGAUCCUGUCUCUCCUGUGAAGAAGAUCCAUCAACAGAUCACAGAAAUUAAGGAAGAGGAUAUCAAACCUGUUGCUGCAGUUCCAACAAAAUCUACCCGAGGGAGAAGGGCAAAAGUGAUGGAAUCUGAACAGAAUGUCAUUGAAGAAAUUCUUUGUGAAAGUGUGAAAUUACCAGAUUUGACAAAGGAAUGUGAUGAAGUAAAAACCAUGGAUGUGGAAAUCGCAGAGCCCACUGCUCCUGCUCAUGUCGCUGUGAAAGGUAGAAGGGGUAAGACAACCGUUGAAACACCUCAAAAGGUUCCUUCUCCAGCCCCUAUCAGAAAAACCGGAAGGGGAAGGACGGUGAAAGGAAAAGACGCAGUCAGUGAUAGUGAUACCAUUAAGGCUGAAUGCGUUGAAAUGCCUCCAACACCUGCAAAAGAUGUAGAUACUCAGCAGCAAAUAUGCAUUACCCCAGCAUCUAUCGUGAAACCGAGGAGAGGAAGAAAGCCUAAGCAAACUGAUGAACUUCAGGUCACCUCAGCAGAAAGUGUGGGAAACGUCUCCACAGAUAAGCCAGUCAUUGGAGACAUGCCGGAGCCCGAAGAACAGACUCCUGUUGUGAAGUCUGGACGUGGGAGAAAGGCCAAGGCUGUCGUGAAGGAGGAAGACCAGACAUCAGUUGAAAUUCCUCGGAAAAGAAUGUGCCGUGGUACUGUUGCUGAUGGUUUGACUGUUCAGGCAGUUGCCUCUCCUAUCUCCAGGUCCGUACGAGGAAGAAAACCUGCGAAGAAUCUGGACAGCGCACAGGUGGUGACUGUGGUCCAAGAUGACACUUCAGCUACAAAAUGUUCUACAGAACCCAACAGGAAGACCAGAGGAACAAGGAAACUGAAGAGUCCUGAUGCUGCCGUUUCCCUUUCUGAUCCCGUUCCUUCAGAAGGCGGAGACUCGGCGCCUGAAACAUCAGUGUCAGAUGACCAGGUGAAGAAUGUACAGGGGAAAACAUCCAGGAGAGGAAGAGCUGCUGCUCAAAAAACCAUCGCUGAUGAAGCUAGUGAAAAGACAGAAAUUAAAAAAGAAAAUGUUGACAAGAAGGGUGAGGUGAAAAAGGCUCCUGCAAAGAAAGCUGUGAAAUGGAGUUCUGAUUUGGUGUCGUCUUGUUCCUCGGAAGUUGAGGCAUUGCCUACUUUUGAGGAAAAAUCCCAGCAAGGCAAUUUGGACAACAGUGAUGAAUCCACUGAACAUGCAGGCAGCUCAGUUGUAGAAACAGAAGCAGCAUCUGGGCAGCAAACCAAAUCCCGCAGAGGAAGAGGAGCUGGGAAGCAACAGAGCGCACCGCUGCCAGAGCCCUCGCUUGUUGCAGAACAUGGCGCACCUGAGCCGUGUGUUGAAAAGGCUACAAGAAAAGGGCGAACAAAGGUGACCAGACCUGCUAAAUCUGACCCUGCAAAGGAUGAUCCCCCAGUUGCAAAGAGAGCGGUUAAAAGGAAAGCGCAGGAAGAGGUGGCUGAAACAACUGGAGGUGAUGAGCAGGCCAGUGAGUCUGCCAACAUCAAUGCCCUGCCUAAGAGGUCAAGAGGCAGGAUGGCAAAAGUGGAGGAAACCAUAGUUGAGGCUAAUACAUCAGAGAAGAGGAAAAGGGGUACUGCAAGAGUGACUGAGAAAGCACUUGAAAAUGAGGUUGAAAACGCUGACCCAAAGCCAAAACCCGAAACCACAAAACCUCUCGGAAGGGGUAGGAGAAAGGUAGCCCAGCAAGCAGAAGAGGAAACUAAGCUGACCCAAGACACAACCUCUGACAAGGGAAGAACGGAAGCAACAAAAGAUACAGCCACUGUUGCUCGAGGAAGAGGCAAGACUCAAAAGAAGGCUGACAGUACAAUUUCAACUGAGCCCAUGCCAGUGAGACGAACACGGCGGAAAUGAGCACUGAUGCAGCUUUACCAUUGUAUAUAUUCAGCAGGCUUAAAUGGUUUUAACUUACUUGUAGUCGUGCAUAUUGACUGCACAGCUUUGAUAUUUCUGGUGCUGACUGACCUUUUUAAACGUUGCUUUUAAUUUUUUGAUAAAUAUAUUUUUUCAGUUGAGGAAAGGUGUACUUGUAUAUGUGGGUUUACCGUCAGUCCUCAUUAAUGUUUUUGAAGUCGCAAAAUGGACCUACAAAUAGGUUGGAUUUUGAUUUGUGGGAGGUAUAUGGCAAAAGGCUGGCUGGCUUUUCUGUAAAUGAAAAUAAAUCCAACUUUUGCUUUCUUUAUGCUCAUGGUCUAGUAAUAUUUCCAGUCUUAAUAGUGCAUUGUCUUGUGCCACACCAGUCUGAUUUCAGUGCAGUUGAAUGACACCCUUGCUUCUUUGUUAGAAAGUGUAUUCUUGACCAUCUUUGUCUUGAGAUUGAUUUGUUUUCCCUCUAAUUGUCUAAUUAGAUGAUGUGUAAACUUUGGCAUUCACUCUUCUCCAAGUGGCUUUCUCAGAUGAUGAUUCUAAAAAUUGUAAUUUUAUAUUAGGCGGUAAAAAUUGAAAACUGCAGGAGGCUAACAUAAAAAAUGAGAUUUCAUUUCAGGCAAACCCCUGUAGAUAGAAUUCACCCUAAUAGAAUUGUGCAUUGGGGGCUGUGAAUCAUGAUCUGUAUUCACACAGGGGAAGACUUGUCAAAACCAGUAUUGUUAAUCUGUAGUUGUAUGCUCACUACUAAACUAAUCAGUGAAGUCACUUGGGGGGGAAAUGUGAG